UUCAGGUUGUAUGGAAGGAUUUACAGAGUGGACUCGACCCAGCUUCCUGCUUGACUUACAUCUCCAAGAAAGAACAACAGUGCAGGUGGAGGGAUGAGCCUCUUCCCUGUGAUUGGCACAGAUGUGCCGGAAGCAGCCAAUGGGGUGGAUACACCAGUCCCUGGAUCCUGUAAUGUGAAUGGCCCGUACACCCACGCCCCUAAUACCCCUGCACAGCUCCUGAAGUUUGGGGGUAGGGUGCCCUGUCCUGGGCAGGGAUCCCUUGAUGAGACUGAGAACUGUGUGGAUGGGGAGAGCGCAUGCGAUGGACAAGAAAACCCCAUAGACACUUCUCACAACUCCACAACCCAUUCAGACACACAGCAACACAGCGACAUGUUCCCAGCCCAUCCCUCCCUCCCCCUUGCCACAUGCACAGCAGACACAGAGCCAGACCCACACGAGCCCCCCAAAGACAUGUCCCUCACUGGACCCUCCCAAACAAGUAUGCCCCUAAACGAGACUCUGUCUGGAGACUGGCAGCACACAGGCACUCCAUCCAAAGACACAGCCCCAGAGGGGGACACUCACAGUGCAGAUAAAAAGCAGUCCGAGACAAAGCACACAAAGCCUUCUAGCUUCUGUGCUGUAGAAACCGAAGAGGAAAAGGAGGUGGAGGUGGAAGAGGAGGAGUGUGAAAAGGAUGGCAAGGAGCAGCAUGCAGGAAACACACAGGCUGAAGUCUCAGCUGAGCUUACAGAGGAGCCCUCGGCAGCAGCUCCCAGCCCCAGCUCUGUCCCAGCCGAGGGGGGGGAGUCGUCAGGCAACAGCCCUUGUCCGCCCCACGUCAUGGCCCAGGUGCGCGUGCGGAACGUCCCAGAGCGGGAGCGCAUCGUCCGGGGCAUGCAGGACAGCAAGAGCCUGGACGAGAUCAGCCAGGCAUGCAUCGGAGGGGCCCGGGGUGGGGGUCGGGGGGGCCAGCCAGAGGGCCGCAGGGCCACCAUCUCCUCUGCCCUGGAGCUGGAGGGAACAGUCAGCCACGACGGGGACCUGACCCACUUCAUCUGCCGCAACCUGGAGCAGAAGAUCAAGAUGAGCUCAAAGCCCAGCCUGGACUGUGACUGCGACUCGGACUGCUCGGGUUCCAUCAGCAGUAGAGGUCGUGGGUCGUCGUCGCGGCGGCCGGUUGACAUCCCUCCCAUCGACCCUGCUGUCUUGGUGGACCUGCAGAGACACACAGAGGAAGUCGCCCACAGUGUGGAGCUAAUGAUGCGCAGCCUCAACGGAACCAUCCAGAACAUGACAGCGCUGAGUGUGGGCUACAUCCAGACCUAUAGAGACUCUGUGGACAGCCUGGGGUCUGUGGACAUGAGCAUAAAGGGAAUGUACACACUGAUGGCGCGCUGUGAGGAGCUGGACCGCUCUAUGCAGCCCAUCCACACUCUGGCCGCCCAGAUACGGGACAUCAAGCGCACCCUGGAUGCCCUUGAGGCCAUCUGCAAGUAGCCCCUCUCCCCCCCCUGGAAACCCCUCCCCCAGAGAUCCUCUUCCACCGCAGACCCUUUUCUAACCUAACAACCCCCCUCCCUCCAUACCGCCCUCCUGGAAUCACUGCUACUAAUCAUGCUAGCUUCAUGGAUGAUCCGCUCCUCACCUCUCCCCAUGUAGACGUCAUGCUUCAAACCCCUCCCCCACUCUCUCGGCUAGGAGCCCCUCCCCCUGACAGAACUUGAAGGAAACGGAGCACUUGAUGCUUCUCUUAUUGCCGUCCGACCCACCUGGUUCAGAUUGUACUAACUGCUGCUGCCCACACGGGGUCACUCUCUCUCUCUCUCGUAUGGAGAGUGAGCUUCAGGAACAGAUUAGAUGGUUUAGAUGUUAGUCACUUCUUAGGCAGGUUGCUUAACCUAGUGAGACGAGACACAGGUGGGGGUACAUAUGUCGUAUAAAUGGCAGUCCCUCCAGAUGUCAUGUUACGUACCUGUUGCCAACCAAAAGCCAUUCCCUGCGGAGCUCUCCGAUCCCGAGAUAAUAUGUUGCGCUUUAGGAGACUGUGGUACCUUCUGUCAUUUUACAGGUUGGCUGGUAGGUAGGUACUAAGUAGGUAGGCUUGUUCUUGAUAUCGAACAUAUCUAUUUUGCCUAAAUAGUGUUUGCCAUGGUGGGAGGUUGUGGACAGCCGUUACAUGUAGCGUGCCGUUACUGGCUUGUACCGUGAAGGACUUGAAUGCUACCAGAUGUCAUCAGAUCUGCUGAAGCCCCACCUAGACGAGAAGGCAGCACCCUCAUACUGGAUAUACAGUGCCUUCGGAAAGUAUUCAGACCCCUUGACUUUUCCCACAUUUUGUUUUACGUUACAGCCUUAUUCUAGAAUUGAUCAUUUUCUCAUCAAUCUACACACAAUACCCCAUAAUGACAAAGCAAAAACAGGUUUUUAGAAUUUCUUUCUAAUUUAAAAAAUAAAAUUGAAGCACCUUUGGCAGCGAUUACAGCGUUGGGUCUUCCUGAGUAUAACGCUACAAGCUUGGCACACCUGUAUUUGGUGAGUUUCUCCCAUUCUUCUCUGCAGAUCCUCUCAAGCUCUGUCAGGUUGGAUGGGGAGAGUUGCUGCACCACUAUUUUCAGGUCUCUACAGAGAUUUUCGAUCGGGUUCAAGUCCGGGCUCUGCCUGGGCCACUCAAAGACAUUGAGAAAUGUCCGGAGGCCACUCAUGCGUUGUCUUGACUGUGUGCUUAGGGUCAUUGUCCUGCAGGAAGGUGAACCUUAGGAUCACUUCUGUACUUUGCUCCGUUCAUCUUUGCCUCGAUCCUGACUAGUCUCUUAGUCCCUGCCUCUGAAAAACAUCCCCACAGCAUAAUGCUGCCACCACCAUGCUUCACCGUAGGGAUGGUGCCAGGUUUCCUCCAGACGUGACGCUUUGCAUUCAGCCCAAAGAGUUCAAUCUUGUUUUCAUCAGACCUGUCAUGUGUGUUUUUUACUGUGGAGAGGCUUCCGUCUGGCCACUACCACAAAGGCCUGAUUGGUGGAGGGCUGCAGAGAUGAUUGUCCUUCUGGAAGGUUCUCCCAUCUCCAUGGAGGAACUCUAGAGCUCUGUCAGUGGCUAUUGGUUUCUUGGUCACGUCCCUGACCAAGGCCUUUCUCUCCUGAUUGCUCAGUUUGGCUGGGUGGCCAGCUCUAGGAAGAGUCUUGGUGGUUCCACAAUUCUUCCAUUUAAGAAUGAUGGAGGCCACUGUGUUCUUGCGGGAUCUUCUUUGCUGCAGAAAUGUGUUGGUACCCUUCCCCAGAUCUGUGCCUCGACACAAUCCUGUCUCGGAGCUCUACGGACAAUUCCUUCGACCUCAUGGCAGGGUUUUUGCUCUGACGUGCACUGUCAACUGUGGGACCUUAUAUAGACAGGUGUGUGCCUUUCCAAAGCACGUCCAAUCAAUUGAAUUAACCACAGGUGGACUCAAGGAUGAUCAAUGAAAACAGGAUGCACCUGAGCUCAAUUUUGAGUCUCAUAGAAAAGGGUCUGAAUACUUAUGUAAAUAUGGUAUUUCUGUUUUGUCAUUAUGGGAUAUUGUGUGUAGAUUGCUGAGGAUUUAUAUUUAUGUAAUCCAUUUUAGAUUAAGACAACAAAAUGUGGCAAAAGUAAUGGGGUCUGAAUACUUUCCGAAGGCACUGGAAUGGAGGGAUGGGCUGUGGGACUAUAGACUUUGGGGGGGGCACAUGUUUGCCUGGGGAGGAAGAGAUGGCCUCCUCUCUAACUGCUCUUCAUCUCUGUACAAUCAAAAGCACCUCUGUACAUAUCUUUCUGUAACAAAGAAAUAAUUGAGCUACCCUUCGUCCUGAGUGUAUAUUUUCAGAAGAUUAACACAAUAAAUUUACAUGAGCUGCAAAGAA